AUGUUUAAUAAACAUAGUAUGACGAUUACCGGCGAAUUUAUAUCUAAAGACAUUCGCCCUUCAAGAACUCAUUCUGAUUCAUCAGAUAAGCAAUCAAUAUCUAUUACUGAUGAAAAAAGGACAGUUAGUUUUCCCGCAAAUGUUACAUCAAAGCCAACUAAUACCAAUGAUGUAGACGGUAUAUCUGGAAUCAAUGCAAUCACAGAUUCGCAAAAUAAUACUUCGGUACAAGAAAUAAAAACAUCCAAAGGACUUGUUCGAAGUUUUACUUCGCCGAUUCCACAAUCACCCAAACGAAGACCUAAUAGUAUGACUGCUUUGACAGAUGAUAAAAGUCAAAAUAUUCUUCAACGUUCAGCUACCACAGCAGGGAAAUCAAAGAAAAAUACAUCAGCUUUGGAUGAGCUAGAUGCAAAUAAAAAGAAAGAUGGGAAACAUAGAAGAAACACUAUUAAUGAUAAAGAUAUUUAUGAAGACAUCGCACUUGACGAAGAGACACAAAAAUGGGCAGAAAAUGUUAAAAGGAGAUUAUCAAAGCGUAGAACCCGGGACAAGGAUAGGGAUGAUAUAGAUGAUGGGGUUAUGGUCGGUACAAGGAUCGGUGAAGAUCACGUGAAUUAUGUUCUUAUGUACAAUAUGCUGACGGGUAUACGAGUGGGCGUAUCUCGAUGUAAUGCAAAGAUACAAAAAGGAGUAAUCGAUGCCGAUUUCAAGGCCGCACACAAAUUUUCAUUUGAUAUAACGGGUAACGAACUCACACCUUCAGCUAAAUAUGACUUUAAAUUCAAAGAUUACGCUCCAUGGGUUUUCCGUAGUCUUCGAGAAUUUUUUCACAUCGAUGCUGCUGAUUAUCUUGUUUCUUUGACAAGUAAAUAUAUUUUGUCGGAGUUGGGUUCACCGGGUAAAAGUGGAAGUUUCUUUUAUUUUUCCCGAGAUUAUCGUUUUAUUAUUAAGACUAUACAUCACACUGAGCACAAAUUUUUGCGCAAGGUUUUGAAGGAAUAUUAUGAGCAUAUAAGAAAUAACCCAGAUACACUACUUUCCCGCUUUUAUGGACUUCAUAGAGUGAAAUUACCACGUGGACCAAAGAUUCAUUUCGUAGUUAUGAAUAAUAUAUUCCCACCUCAUCGAGACAUUCAUGAAACUUAUGAUUUGAAGGGAUCAACUGUUGGACGUGAAUAUGAUGAAGCGGAAGCGACUAAGAACCCACGCGCGGUCCUUAAAGAUUUGAAUUGGAUUAAACGUGGCCGACAUUUGGAACUUGGUCCCGAAAAACGUAAACUUUUUGUCGAGCAGCUCGAAAAAGACGUCUCACUGCUUCAACGUUUGAAUAUUAUGGAUUAUAGCCUUUUAGUAGGGUUACAUGAUACUUCCCGUGGCAAUAAGGAUAAAGUUCGAGAAGAUUUCUUUGUAUUCCAGCCAGAUACAAAGAAAAUUAAGCGCACCCCUUCGAGUCAUAAGCGGGAAAGUAAAGCUUCGAAAUUACGAAAAGCUGUAGGGGAAACGGAACCAUCGAAAUUAGAUCCUUCGACCACAAAGCUCGUAUUAGAUGCACAUAAUGAACGCCGAAAGUGCAUAUUUAAUAUGGAUGAUGGUGGCUUUGCCGGCACAGACGAACAAAAUAAUCCUACCAACUACAUUUAUUACUUGGGCGUUAUUGAUAUUUUGACGCCAUAUAAUACUGUUAAGAAGGUCGAACAUGCAUGGAAAUCACUAAAAGAUGACAAGUUGAUGAUUUCUGCUGUACAUCCGCGAUGGUAUGGUAAACGUUUCUUAGAUUUUAUGUUUAAGACUAUUAAACAUAAUGAUUAUGUUUCUACGAAACAAAUUGAAGCGGAAGCUGUUGGGGAAAAAAAUCCUUACGACGAGACAAUUGAAACAGAGGCCUCAACUUCGUAA